AUGACAACUGAGCGAUCAAACGCAGAGCGUCCAUCUCCCCUAGCCCUUCAAGGUUGUGGUCAGAGUAACGUCUCGGCCCAACCAUCAUCGUCCUCAUCUGCCUCAGAUGUAGACAAUAACAGCAAUAAUAUCACCUUUAGUUCACCUACAUCAUCAUCAACACCUGGAAACAAUGUAAAUAGCCCAAACACGACUACAACGACGACGACCGAACAAAAGGAUGAAGAUGGAGAGACAUUGUACCAUGCAAGUACCAGCAGCACCAAGACGAUAAAGGAAGGCUAUCUGAACAAGCAAGGACAUCUACGCAAGAACUGGCUGCAGCGCUACUUUGUGCUGACGGACGUGUCGCUCGAAUAUUACAAGGACAAGGGCCAGCCCAUGCUCAAUCAAAUCCCGCUAUCCGAGUGCACGAUAUCAUUGGCCGAUACAGAGACCAAGAAGGCCUUUUGUUUCAAGAUCGCGCAUCCCAUUCGCAAGACAUUCUACCUCUACUCCUCUGUGAGUGGCGGCGAGAUUGAGCGCGACAGCUACGAAUGGAUUGGCGCCAUACAGGAGGCCAUUGAUAACCUGGCGUCACAGUUACCGGCCGUAUCGCCAAUGGUGCAGUCGGUGGUCACCGAGAACCAUCGAUCAUACGAGCUGGUGCAUGCCAUUUCAAACGCGCUGCUGUACAGCCUUGGCAAGACAUCGGCGGCGAUCAUUGGCGAGCUCACUGCUGAAGACUUUAGCGCGUAUGAACAACAGACAAUCAAUGUUUCGCGGCCCAACUCGGCUGCCAUGUCAUACAAGUUUGUCGACUAUGCGCCCAAAGUCUUCCGCAGGAUACGCGAGCUAUCCAAUGUCAAUCCGGCCGACUACAUGAUAUCACUGACGCAGGACUCGCUCACCGAGACACCUUCGCCAGGGCGCAGUAACUCAUUGUUCUAUUACACAAGCGACAAGAAGUACAUCGUCAAGACCAUCUCAUCAACAGAAUUUGAACAGCUACGAAGCGUUCUAAACAGUUAUUACACACACUUGGUCACCAACAAGGACACACUUCUGGUCAAGUACUAUGGACUACAUCAUAUAUCACCUUCAAAGAUGAAGAAUACAUACUUUGUCAUCAUGGAGAAUAUAUUUGAGGAUAGGAACAUGGACGAGAUCUAUGAUCUCAAGGGCAGCACACUCAAUCGCAAGGCUGAGACUGCCAAGCAGGUCAUGAUGGACCUGGACUUCUCAACGCGUAUCUUUGUUUCUGACGAGAUCAAGAUAUUGUUACUAAUGCAGAUUGAGAAUGAUUGUAAUGUAUGUAUUAUCAUCGUUGUCCACGUCAAAGGAGGAGGAGGUGCACUAACAAAGUACUACUUCCAGUUUUUGGAAAAGGUCGACUCAAUGGACUACAGCUUGUUGCUUGGAAUACGUUAUCUGCAUGGCAACAGUGGAGUGGAGACGAAUAUUGAGGAUAAACUGUCCAACUUCAAACGGGAGCAGGGCGGAAUGAUUGCUAGGACGAUCGAUGGCGAAUGCUAUGAUCGAAUCUAUUACUUUGCCAUCAUCGAUAUCUUAACGACAUACAACAUCAAGAAACAGCUGGAGCACACCUACAAGGCGACCAUCUAUGACACCGACACAAUGUCGGCAGUCAACCCAAACACAUAUAGCAAGCGAUUCAAGCAGUUCCUACUCAAGAUCAUCGGAUGGAAUAAGCCAGUAAAGAGUCCAAAUGAAUGA